AUGUUAAUCCAAAAUCCUGUUAUUAUUUCAGCAUUUAUUUUGCUCUACACAACAGGAGAUAAUAUUGUGCAAAGGUCAAUCGCCAAACAAAAGCUUCAAAUGAAUCUAGUUAUGGAUUACGAACUGAGUGACUUGAUCAAAACGACGUCGUUGGCAAUUAAUCAUGUUUUAUAUCAAUCCCUUGAUGUUAAUGUAAAUGAUAAUCUAGGUUGGCUAAAACUUUUCGAUAACUUGAAAAGGGUCUAUCAGUACAAAUUACCAAUUCAAAUGUCAUAUUUUGGAAGAUUUGAUCAGAGCAUGGUUGGAUUAGAACUGACCUAUGUGAGAAUUUUUCACAAAUCUCAAAAUGCAGUCAAUUUAACUAGACCUGUCACUGACUAUCAUGUCAUUAAUGAUAUAGAUAAUAUUUUAGCUCCAUCCAAUAUUAUGGCCAGUUAUUAUUCCAGUGUUGAUAUGACAGCAAGACCUUGGUAUAAACCUUUUGUGAAUACAACCAACCCAAAAAUUUUGUGGAGCCCGUUUUUCUACUCCGCUCUUUCGCUCUAUCCGUCCAUUGCAGCCUGCAUACCUAUUUAUAUUAAUAGCACUAUUUCAAGUUUAAAUGCAAAUUAUUCCAGCACUGCUAUAUAUCCUAGCUCUACCGCUCCUAGGAUACCCAGCCAUUUAUUUGGAGUAAUUGGAAUUCAACUGAAUGUGAAAAAUAUCUCUGACACUUUAACUAAAUCAGCCAUUCGAGCAGGUGUGGCUGCUUCAUUUAUUAUUAAUUCACAAGGACAAAUGGUUGCUGCUACCAAAUUUUUAGGAUAUCCUUCAUUACAGAACGAAUCAGAUAUUAUUAUGAACGCACUUCUACAAGGAUUGGCAAUCAAGGAAGCAGGAAGUUUUUUCUUUCAAACAGGACAAACACCUACUCUAGAUAUUGUGUUAUUUACAAUCACUGAUCAAUAUGGACUUAAUUGGGGCUCUGUUAUUGCAGUACCUCAACGAUUGUUUGUUGAAGAAGUGCUUCAAAGUAAUCGAGUGAGCUUUAUUUCACUGAGCACCGAUCUCUUCUCAGAAAUUUAUGAGAUCGUUGAAAAUCACAAAGGAUCAAUUGAUAAGUAUGCCGGUAAUAGAAUAGUAGCAUAUUGGAAUGGACCAAAAACUAGUGUGAAAGAUCAUGAGAUACUGGCAUGCAAUGCUGCCGUUCAAAUUGUACAAUGUCUCGCCAAGUUAAAUUCGAGGUGGAGGAAAAUUAAUUAUCCAUGCAUCAACUUUGGCUUGUCUAUAAAUAGUGGAAAUUUUCUCGCUGGAAAUAUUGGCACGAAUUCGAGAAUUAACUUUACAGUUCUUGGAGAUGAUGCAAAUGUUGCCUCUGGUAUUACCAAGCUGAACAGAAAAUUUGGAACACAAGUUUUAAUUGGACACAACACCUUUGAAAAGUCAAAGAUCAAUUUGUUUGCUAUUUUGUAG